GGAUCGAAAGGUUAAAAGAAAACAUAAAUAAGAAUAAAAAAGAAUAUUUUUUUUUUUAAAAAAAGAGAUCGUCACUUUGAUAAACAUUCAAGCCUUAACGAUCUGGUUUCGAUUUUUAAGCAUAUAAAAAAGAAUCCCUUAGACUAGACUAGACCACAUCAUGGCCCCAUCUCGGGCGACGACAAGACUGGCGACAGCCCUCCUACGCCAAACAGCCCACCCCCAGCUCCGCCGCCCAUCUCCCGCCUUCCCCUCCCGAAGCUGUUAUUACCACUCCUACGACCACCCUCCUCCCCCGGGCGUCUUCAGCCCCGCCGAGAAAGCCAUCCUCUCCGCAGCUUACAAGCACGUUCCCGAGCACGGCUUCACGCAGCACGCCCUAGCCCUCGGCGCCCGCGACGCCGGGUACCUCGACAUAAGCACGAACGUCCUGCCCGAGGGGCCUUUUAGCCUGAUCCGGUACCACCUCGUUACCAAACGGGAGGCCCUCGCGCCCUGGGCCAAGGCCGUUUUCGGCGAGGGAGAACAACAACAACAACAGCAACAGGGGGCAUCUGCCGCUGCCUCGCCGUUAAAAGUCCCCGAGAAAGUCGAAAGAUUAACGUGGGAAAGGCUACGGUCGAACGCGGAGGUUAACCACCGUUGGCAAGAGGCCCUAGCCCUCAUGGCCCAACCCUCACACGUCCCCGCCUCCCUGCAAGAACUCGCCCUCCUCGCCGACGAGAUCUACUUCCUCUCCGGCGACGCGUCCGUCGACCCGUCCUGGUACACGAAGCGCGGAUCCUUGUCCGUCAUCUACGCCUCGUCCGAGCUCUUCAUGACCAACGACAGGUCUCCCGGAUACGCCGAGACCCGGGCUUUCCUACAGCGCCGCCUCGACGAGACGAGCACCGUCGGCGGCGCCCUCGGCAGCGUUGCCCAGUGGGUCGGUUUUACGGCUUCGGCUGGGUUAAAUGUGCUAAGGAGCAAGGGCGUUAGGAUAUAGGAUAAGUUAAAGCAACGUAAUAGUAGGCGUGAGUAUGGGGUUUGACUACUGGCCUGAGGGAAAAAAUAUUAUGAACAAAAAAUCACUUAAUAGAGAAAACCGUCAGGUCGCAGAUAUAUGCCUAAGCCAUACUGCACAGCUCGGCUCUUUUUGUACAAUAUACUCGAAACGGCAACGAAGCCAGUACUAGUCUACGUCCGGUCCCUUAUAGUUUUUUUCUUUACCCUUUCCUCCUGAUAUCAUCCUGGCCCGAAGGCCUCAUGCCACCUCAGGAACACUCUAACACCAUAAUUCCCUGAGACGCAACCGCCGAAUGCACGUAACCGGACCAAUGCUUUACUAGCCCUACAUAAACAAUUCCUAUAGCCGUCAUGAUAAACCGAAUCACAUCAGUGGUCGGCGAGAAGCCGUUGUCGUGGAUCCGUCAGUCUGAUAU